UCAAAUCCAUCCGUCACUCCACAGAUUAUACAGUUUUUAGACGCACAAAAAUGCAGAAAACUGCUUCGUCUUCAACCUUGGGUCCAGAUGGUUUAGAUAUUGCUCAAUCCUUCUUUAAACCCAUUCAGGGUUCAUUCCCACCCCCACCGACCAGCCGGAACACCAAAAUAUCCGUCGUUGGUGUCGGCAACGUUGGUAUGGCCAUCGCCCAGACCAUCCUCACUCAAGACCUUGCCGACGAGAUAGCACUUGUCGACAUUAACGCCGACAAACUCCGCGGAGAGAUGCUAGACCUACAACACGCGGCCGCCUUCCUCCCACGAACCAAGAUCUCCGCCUCCGUUGAUUAUUCCAGCACUCUGGGAUCGGAUCUCGUCAUCGUUACCGCCGGCGCCCGCCAGAUACCCGGAGAGUCUAGGCUAAACUUGAUGCAGAGGAAUCUGGCUCUCUUCUCUAAGAUGAUCCCCCCUUUGGCUGCAGGGUCGCCGGAGACCAUUCUGCUGAUCGUCUCGAAUCCGGUGGAUGUGUUGACUUAUGUUGCUUGGAAACUAUCCGGGUUUCCAUCGAAUCGGGUCAUUGGGUCCGGUACUAAUCUGGAUUCAUCCCGAUUCAGAUUCCUCAUUGCUGAUCAUCUUGACCUUAAUGCUCAGGAUGUGCAGGCUUAUAUCGUGGGGGAGCACGGAGACUCGUCUGUGGCUUUAUGGUCAAGCAUAAGUGUAGGAGGGGUCCCGAUUCUUAGCUUCUUAGAGAGGCAACAAAUUGCGUACGAGAAGCAAACACUCGAGAAAAUCCACAAAGAAGUUGUGCAGGGUGCAUAUGAGGUAAUAAGCUUGAAAGGCUACACGUCGUGGGCCAUUGGCUACUCUGUGGCUAGCCUAGCUCGAAGCAUACUCAGAGACCAACGUAGCAUCCACCCUGUUUCGGUGUUGGCCAAAGGGUUCUAUGGCAUUGAUGGUGGCGAGCCGUUCCUUAGCCUACCGGCACAAUUGGGGAGGAGCGGAGUAUUGGGGGUCACAAACGUACAUCUUACCGAGGAGGAGUCCCAACAACUACGAGAGUCUGCAAAGACCAUUUUGGAGGUGCAAAGCCAAUUGGGUGUUUGACUUGAUGGCAUAACGUUAUGUAAAAUUGCUCGCUUUUAUGUACCUUUUAAGUUCGAUGUUCUCGUAACCAGUGAUUUUAAUAUCAAAAAUAAUAUUCACAUCCUAA